AUGCGGGCCUUUUCACUUCUUGUCACAGUCCUCUAUGGAUUUCAGGCGACUGCUGCUACCAAAAUUGUCGCAGUUGCUGAAACUCCUAUCCUCGGUCCGUCCUUCCUGUCCAACUUUGACUCGAGCAACUCUAGUGCCAUCGACAAAGCAAAGACAGAAUUGUCGCACCAGAUCGGGUGCCUGUUCUCCAAUGGCAUACUCAACAGCACCGACUUGACCUUCCACAUCGACGUCUUCUCUGCAGCGACAAACGGAUCGAUCUAUACGUACUCGCAUGUCGCCAAUAAUGCUGCAAGUGUCCUGACUGCUGGAAAAUUCAACGACCAGACCAUCUCGCGAAUUGGAAGUAUCACGAAGCUGUUCACGGCGUAUGCCAUCAUUGCGAAGGGUGGUAUGGAAGUCUUUGGGCACCCGGUGGUCAAAUACUUGCCUGAGCUUGCGGGCAACUCGUCGACGAAUCCACUGAAACGGAUCAAUUGGCAGGAUAUCACUGUCGGUGCUCUUCUUUCCCAUCAGGCCGGAACUGGAGGUCCUAGGGACUUCUUGGUAAAUUACUAUAACCCGAAUACCACGGAGGCUGAUUCGGUAAAGUCCUUUCUCAAGUACAUGCGGGAUGUGAAAAGGCCGGUGAUUUCUCCCUAUCGCACCGCGAUCUACUCUGAUGCAGGAUAUGCGGUUCUUGGUCAGGUUCUGGCUCGCAUGGCAAACACUACAACGUACACCGAAGCUAUCCAAGAGAUUAUUUUCAAGCCCCUUGGCCUGAAACACACGUCCACCAAAGUUCCUAAAACCAGUGAUGGUUUGAAUGCGAUGGAUCGCAAGACUGUCCAGCCUACCUCUUCCUGGGGCCUAGAUAUCGAACUCUUUGCAUCCACGGGAAGCAUCUAUAGUACAGCUUCUGAUCUGAGACGCGUCGGUCUUUCUAUCCUCAACUCUGAACUUUUGUCUCCUGCCCAUAUCUCUGCUUGGAUGAAGCCUCGAAGCGGAACUGGUUCACUCGUUGAACUUGUCGGGGCUCCCUGGGAGAUUGAGCGGUUGGAAGUCCCUGCCUCGCCGGGUUCCAAUCGGACUCGAGUCUCAGACCUCUACACUAAAGUCGGAGGCAACGGCGAUUACAAUGCCAUCUUCGCGCUUUCCCCAGAUCAUGGAAUCGGCUUUUCAAUCUUACUCGGCGGGGAGACGUCGGAGCCCGCCCGCUGGACCCUGCGCGAUGCCGUUGGCCAGAUCAUAAUUCCUGCUGCAGAGUCCGCGGCCUGGAGUAACGCAAAGAAGAAUCUCGCCGGAACCUUUGUCCUGAAGAGUGCUCCCGCUACUAAUGUGACACUCACCGUCGAUGAGGACAAGUCCGGACUCGGCUUGAAGUCAUUCUGGAUCAAGGGUCAAGACACCAAAUUAAAAGGCCGCUUAUAUCCCAGUGGACUGAACUCAGUCUCUCGAUCCCUGGCCUCACUCUACAGGAGUACUGGACAAGUUUGUUUUGCCCAUCGCAUUGGAGAGCCCCAUCAACCCCUUCGUCCUCGAGCUGCCGUGGAAGGUGGAGCUGGAGGUCUAUUCGAUGACUCACUCACGUGGCAAGACAUUGAUUUUGCUGGAGACAGUACCGACGAAUUCGAUAUUUGCCUGGCCGAUAGAAAAGUGACCAAGGUCGUUUGGCCUUUCAACGGAUUGGAAAUGGAGCGAUUGGAAUAG